UAUAUACCUCUAAUCAUGCUACAAAACUUCUAUUUCUCGUCAGGUGGUAGAAACAGUCCGAGAUUUGGCGGCAUUAGCAGACGCGAGACAUAUCAUGGUCCCAAACAUAAACACGAGGAAAGCCCCCUAAAUCGCAGCCGUAGUCUCUAUGCCACACCCCCAUCUCAGCAUGUGCAGUUUCUAUUGGGUGAAGAGGAAGAUGAUGAAGAACACAGGACACAUGACCUGUUUUGUGAGUUGGGAGAAUUGUUUGCCCAUGACGGAGAAAUGGAAUGGAAGGAAACUGCCAGAUGGAUAAAGUUUGAGGAGGACGUGGAGGAGGGUGGAGAGAGAUGGUCGAAGCCUCAUGUUGCUACAUUAUCGUUACAUUCCCUGUUUGAACUACGAUCAUGUAUACAUAACGGCACAGUAAUACUGGAUAUGGACGUUCAAUUCUUUUAUCAGAUCAUCGACGUGUUAUUAGACAACAUGUGUGCCUCUAAUCAGUUGGAGGAAACGUUAAAGGAUCAAGUACGAGACGUUCUGCUUCAGCGACAUCGCCAUCUAAACGAAAAACACGAGAAGCGGCACCACGAUAACGGGUCAAGUAAAAUACAUCUACCCCUUAUACGAUCGCUGGCAGAUAUAGGACGAAAAUAUUCACUGCCGAAGGAAAUGCAUAAUCACGAGCAUGAGGAGGUUGGCAACACACUCGGAACAGGGCUGCGUGUUUCGUUUGCUGGGCAUGUACACACUCUUGGACGUCGCACACACCAUGCUCACCAUGCAUUUGGAAUGGAUAGGCAGUUUCCACAUAGCCCAGGAACGCUACGUCGUUUGUCAGUAAUCAACGAAAAUGGUGAUGAUGCAAAGACUAAGUUAAAAGGCGUAAAGACGUUACCCAACUUUAAUCAGAUGAGUCAUAAUGACAGUAACCCGAAGAUGGACACCAGCCUGGGCGCAAACCUAAAGAGGAACCAGUCCUCCGGUACAGACUUGCAUGAAAAUGCGUCGUCUGCUAAGUUAAAUACACACUUCAUGAAAAAGAUUCCCCCAGGUUCGGAGGCUGCAAAUGUGCUUUGUGGGGAAGUUGAUUUUCUCAAUCACAUGGUGACUGCAUUUAUACGUCUGAAAACAUCGUCGGUGAUGGGUGAUCUCACAGAAGUACCAGUGCCUACAAAAUUCUUGUUUCUGUUACUCGGCCCAACUGGGAACCAGAGCAGAUACCACGAAAUUGGACGAUCAAUAGCUACGUUGAUGACAGAUGAGGUGUUUCAUGAUGUUGCAUAUCACGCCCACAACCGAGAUGAUCUGUUGGCCGGAAUAGAUGAAUUUCUAGAUCAGGUGACAGUUCUCCCCCCUGGCGAGUGGGAUCCCUCGAUACGUAUUGAACCGCCUAAGAGUGUUCCUUCUCAAGAGGGCAGGAAAAAGAUUGCAGAACCUCCAAAAGUGUUGCCCAAUGGGAAGGUAGCUGUGGAAGAAGUGGAGGAGUCACAUGGUGAUGACCCCGCCCUCCAGAGAACUGGCCAUUUGUUUGGGGGUUUGAUUCAAGACAUUAAGAGAAAGAAACCAUUUUAUGUUAGUGAUUUUAAAGAUGCUCUACAUGUACAGACUCUUGCCUCAUUUAUGUUCUUGUAUUUUGCUUGUCUGACACCAAUUAUCACGUUUGGUGGGUUGCUGGCAGAUGCCACCAAUAAUGAUCUGGGAGCUCUAGAGAGUUUACUGGCUGGUGCCAUUGUUGGUAUAACGUAUGCUCUAUGUUCCGGGCAGCCGCUAACAAUCCUCGGCUCUACAGGCCCAGUACUGGUGUUUGAAACAAUCCUGUAUAAUUUUAGCAAGGACAUGGGCUGGUACUAUCUUUCAUUCCGAUGGUGGGUUGGCCUGUGGACAGGUUUAAUCCUGAUAUUAAUGGUGGCCUUUGACUUGUCAGCACUUGUGCGAUACAUUACCAGAUUUACAGAAGAAAGCUUUGCGGCCCUGAUAUCACUUAUUUUUAUCAAGGAAGCCGUUGGUAAAUUGAUAGACAUAAACGAAAAAGUGCCGGUAAAUAUGGACCCUGGCGUGUCGCCGUUUCACGACUGUAUUUGCAUUGCACCAAAUGCACCGGUCAAUACAACAAACGCUACUCUUGCUAAUUCGACGGCUGUGCCAUAUACGGUAACAAAUGUGACGACUUUGCUACCGGACGUGUCUACAUUGUACAAGAAUAUAGAAUGGCAUAAGCUGCCACGUGAUCACUGUAUAGAACAUGGAGGAAGUCUGGUGGGCGAUGGAUGUAACCACGUAGCAGACGUGUUUUUCUUGUCGUGUCUACUGUUUAUAGGAACGUUCACAUUAGCUUAUGGAUUAAAAUUGUCAAGGAAUAGUCGAUGGUUUCCUACAUGGGUACGUACUAUAAUAUCCGAUUUCGCCGUCAUCCUGGCUAUAGCAGCUAUGGUCGUCACUGACGCUAUUAUUGGAUUGGACACACCAAAACUUGAAGUUCCCAUUAAGUUUCAGCCCACGAAUCACGAGACUCGUGGAUGGAUAAUACCGCCAUUCCACGAGAAGAAUCCCACGUAUGUGAGUGUUGCAGCGAUUGUCCCAGCAUUACUGGCAACCAUUCUCCUAUUUAUGGAUCAACAAAUUACUGCGGUAAUUGUUAACAGGAAAGAAAACAAACUUAAAAAAGGUUGCGGUUAUCACCUGGACUUGCUGAUAGUGGCUGUAUUAAUCAUAGUUAAUUCAUUCUUGGGUUUGCCGUACUUUGUUGCCGCAACCGUCCUUUCAAUAAAUCAUGUGAUGUCAUUAAAGAAAGAAUCUGAGUGCACGGCUCCGGGAGAAAGGCCGAAAUUCCUGGGCGUUCGGGAGCAGCGUGUGACAGGGGUUGCCAUUUUUUUGAUGAUAGGUCUGUCAGUACUUCUGACAUCUAUCUUGAAGGUAGGUUAAACACCACUAUAUUUUUCAAUUCCAAUGGCCGUGUUGUACGGGGUAUUCUUGUAUAUGGGUAUAUCGUCGUUGAAGGGCAUGCAGCUUAUGAAUCGUAUCAUGAUACUCUUCAUGCCGAUGAAAUAUCAACCUGACUAUACGUACCUUCGUCAUGUCAGAACACGAAGAGUUCAUUUCUUCACAUUCAUUCAGGCACUUUGUUUGGUGAUGUUAUGGGUGAUAAAAACAAUCAAGGAAAUCUCCAUUGCUUUCCCUAUUAUGGUGCUGGCAAUGUGUUUUAUUCGUAAGGCACUUGAUUACGUGUUUACCCAGUACGAACUUAAAUGGCUGGAUGACAUCAUGCCGGAAAUAAGUAAACGAGAAAAAGACGACAAAGAAAUAGAGAUUCAGGAGCAUCACGAUGAGUGUGAAACGUUGUUGGAUCCUAAAAAUGCGAGUGGUAACGAGAUGGUCAAUUUUAAACCACAAGCGUCUAUCAUUAACAUUGCUAUUAACGGCGGAAACGACAGCUUCGUUAAUCAGGUUAAUAUUACAGAGGAGGUGGCAAAAUGCCAAAUAUGGAAAAACCUUCAAUCUAACGAACAUCAGGGUGUGGGCGAGACGCCUAGUAGUCAUAGCAACGGUAGUGGCAGCAGUAAAAGAGAUCUACCACAUGGACUUCCUGUUGUUUUAAAGGUUAAAAGAAAACAUAAGAAACGUCAUAAGAAAGACUCUCACGGAUUACCCACAAUUCCUCAUUCCCCGACAGAAAAGGAUCCUCAUAAAGCGAAGAAGGGCGUGGCAUUUUAUAUUGAUGAAGAAGAUAGUGAUAAAGAAGAUACCCAUGAACUCAUCAAGGCCCCCGCCAUCUUUGUUGACCCUCCUAGUGAUAGUGAAACUCGACGACGUAAAGUUUCAGUGUAAACAAUCUGGAUUUAAUGAAACUCGACAACGUAAAGUUUCUGUGUAAAAAAAACAGUACGGACAUGUUUAAACUUGACGACAUAAAUUUUUUCUGUGUAAACAUUUUGGACUUUGUGAAACUUGACGAUGUAAAGUUUCUAUGUAAACAUUCUGGACUUUGUGUAGCUUGACGACGUAAAGUUACUGCAUAAACAAUAUUGACAUAGUGUAACUUGAUGUCAUAUGUUUCUGUGUAAACAAUCUGGACUUGGUUUAACCUUGACGAUGUCAAAUUUCUAUGUAAACAAUCUUGACAUGAUCUUUUCAACGUAAAGUUUAGGAGUCACUUUUUUGACAUGUUCAUCUGUAGUUAGUCAGGAAAAGAAGUUGUUAAUUAUCUCAAGAUGAUAACAAGAGCUUUACUUGAAUUUUGUACAAGUACAGUCAGCCUUUUACAUGAAUAAUAUGUGUUUCAUCUGUAUACUAAUAUUCAUGUAAAUGAAAGUGAAAAUAGGAUUUUUUUUAUGAAUUUUGUCAAUGUAAAUUAAAAUGAUAGCAACAAUUACAUGAAUGAACAUUAUUCAUGUAAAUGAACCUGAUAACUGAACCUAUUAUGCAUGUUACAAGAGUGUGGGAAUAGGACCUUUACAUGAAUAAUGUAGGGCCUUUUAAAUAAAUAUCAUCAUUUUGUAGGUAAACAUGGU